AUUCUCCAAUGGUGUCAAGCUAAUGUUUUGCGUUGAAUUAGGGUUAAACCAAGAUCAAAUUUUAUAAGGCUACUUCCGGUUUCGCUUAAAUGUCUACAUUUGGCAUGGGUUCUGCUUCAAAUACGAACCCAAACAAGUCCACUGAGGUUGUAUCAUCUCCCACUGAUGCUGUAUCAAGCCUUUGUUUCAGUCCCAAGGCGAAUUACCUCGUUGCAACUUCAUGGGAUAACCAGGUGAGAUGCUGGGAAGUAACAAAAAAUGGAACUUCUGUUAGCACUGUGGCAAAGACAUCUAUGGCUCAUGAGCAUCCGGUUCUGUGUUCAGCGUGGAAGGAUGAUGGAUCAACAGUCUUCUCUGGAGGCUGUGACAAGCAAGUGAAGAUGUGGCCGUUACUGUCUGGCGGCCAACCUGUAACGGUGGCAAUGCACGAUAGCCCGGUGACUCAGGUUGCUUGGAUUUCAGAGAUGAACCUUUUGGUUUCAGGAAGCUGGGAUAAAACUUUAAGGUACUGGGACUUGAGACAAUCGAAUCCAGUCCACACUCAGCAACUUCCUGAUCGUUGCUAUGCACUUACAGUGAGACAUCCCCUGAUGGUUGUUGCCACUGCAGAUAGAAAUCUUAUAGCAUUCAACUUGCAAAACCCUCAGGCAGAGUUUAAAAGAAUCGUUUCCCCCUUGAAGUACCAAACUAGGUGUGUUGCUGCCUUUCCUGAUCAGCAAGGUUUCUUGGUUGGGUCGAUUGAAGGAAGGGUUGGUGUGCAUCAUCUUGAUGAACAACAACAAAGUAAAAAUUUCACAUUUAAAUGCCACAGAGAGGGAAAUGACAUCUACUCCGUCAAUUCUCUUAACUUUCAUCCUGUUCAUCAGACGUUUGCAACUGCAGGAUCGGAUGGUGCUUUUAACUUCUGGGACAAAGAUAGCAAACAAAGAUUGAAGGCAAUGUCGAGGUGCAAUCAAGCUAUACCCUGCAGUAGCUUUAACAACGAUGGCUCCAUAUACGCUUACGCGGUAUGUUAUGAUUGGAGCAAAGGUGCCGAAAAUCACAAUCCAGCAACAGCAAAAACCUGCAUUUACUUGCACUUGCCUCAGGAAUCGGAGGUUAAAGGCAAGCCUCGUGCUGGGACCGUUGGAAGGAAAUGAAGAUAUCUUUUGCUCUUUCAAACGAAAGAUCCACAUGUUUUGUGUUGUUCUUGUCAUUUGACAUUUUUAUUUUCUGGGUCUCCAUCGGAUCCAGAAAAACGAAGAACAAAGGCAUAGAAUGCAAAAAAUUGUAUCCACAUCUGAGAAUUAUUUAAAACUAAGGUAACUAAGCUUCAUCUUCUAA